AGCACAGAGAGACGGAGGUGGGCAGAGCAAACCGAGGGGCAGGAAGGACCGCACGCACGCGCUCACACGCGCUCACACACUCAAGGUUCAUUCUCAAAAGUCGGAUCUUUGACCAAGAGACAAACGAGAAGUGCGAGUUUAUAAGGCGACAUUUUUCCCGCAUCUCAUUUUGGACUUUGAGGCAUUCUUUUUUUCCCUUCUUUAAAAAAAAAAAGAACAACAACAAAUGAACUAGUGUCAUUUGUGGUUUGUGUGUGAGUAAGUGUAAGUGUGGUUUAGGAUGCGCGUCUUCUCCGGCCGCCCCAGUGCAGUCUGACGCAUCUCCCUCCGACCGGUCCCGUCUCACCGGGGAGCCUGCGCUCUCUGCUGAAAAACUCUGCCCGGCCUCUAUACUUUGGAUGCACCGGGAAUGGGGUCGCACCGUCGAGAGAGCGUGUCCGCACUUUGCAGAAAAAGUUUGCUUUGUACCGCGCUGGUACUCUGCCUGGCCACGUCCGUCCACGGGACGUGGAGGACGGGACUUUACAAAACACAUCCAGCCGGUGCGCAGUUGAGCAGAGACCAGCCGGCAGCCGCUCACACCUCAGUCUAUCACAAAAGGAACUGGUGUCCUCAUACAGUCACCAAGACGGUGACCUGCCAGGUGCAGAACGGGACAAUCCUCCAGCGGGUCUACCAGACGUGCCGCUGGCCACAGGGAUGCUCAGGAGGCAGCUACAAGACAGUGGUGAGGCCGUCAUACAAAGUGGUGUACCGCACUGUGACCUCGCUGGAGUGGAAAUGCUGUCCAGGAUUCAGCGGCGCAGCCUGCGAAGAAGAUGGAGCAAACAGGCUUGAUGCUCAGGAGGCAGGGAGGAAACUCUCCACGCUACGGCGCCCAGCUGCACGCACAGGGGAGCCAAUCUCUAAUUGUCUCAACUGCAGUCGACUCACAGCUUUGACUGACAGACUGAACUCACUGGAGACAAAGGUGCAGUCACUCACUGGACCGGCCGCCAUAUCACAUCGCCACCCUCAGGGAAAAGGGGGGACAGCUUCAGACACCUCAUUAUUGAUGGGAGCUGUGUCCACUCAGGGAGCUCUUGGUGAGCAGGGACCAGCAGGUCCUCAGGGUGAAAAAGGGAGAGACGGGCUUCCUGGUAGAGAUGGAAAGCCAGGGUCUCGAGGGAUGCCAGGUCCCAGUGGUCCUCGAGGGGACGUUGGUCCAAGGGGUCCAUCUGGAGCCCCUGGGUUUAAGGGAUCUCCAGGACCUGCAGGCCCUCGUGGUCCACCAGGGAUUCUGGGAGAAAGUGGUCUUCCAGGCCCACCUGGGCCUCCAGGCCCACCGGGCCCUCCUCUGCCAGCUGGUGCCUACAUCCCAGAACCAGAGCACAAUGCUGGAAAAGAUCCAUUCUUCACCAACACUUUCCAUGACUCCAGAGGUUUGCCUGUUCCAGGACCUCAGGGUCCUCCCGGACCUGUCGGUCCACCAGGUCUCAGAGGUCCAGUUGGCCCGUCCGGACCACCAGGACAGAACGGGAAACCUGGAUCCCCGGGUGUGCAGGGCCCUGUGGGGCCAAAGGGAGAACGCGGGGAGCGAGGUCCUUUAGGUUACCCGGGAGAGAGGGGCUUCCACGGCGAGUCGGGAGAACCAGGUCCCAAAGGAGAGCCAGGAGAGAAAGGCUUACCGGGGGACGGAAUACAUCAAAUCAGAGAGGCGCUGAAGAUCUUAGCUGAGAGGGUUUUAAUCCUCGAGACUAUGAUCGGUAUUCAUGAGCCUGAUCUAGGGUCUGGGGAUGGACCGUUUGGCACAACCUCCCCUAGUUUCUACAGAGAUAAGCGUGCAGGUGCACUUUCACAUCGACUUGCUUCCCCUCUGUCCUCCGACACCAAGAUUCAAGGGAAGUAGCAAACCCAGCUAACCCUGAGGAUCACAGACCGUGUCGACUUCCCCUCCUGUAGGUCUCAUCGUCACUCAACAGAUUCAGACCAUAUCUAGUCUCUGAUCUGGGCUUUAUCAUCAGAUUUAGGAUGGGGGACACCUCAGGGAAACUCCACUGAUACUCCAAAAUGCUCUCCCACGACCUGAGAACUAUUUUAACCCCCUCACCCAUCACUAUUACCAAACCCUUAGAAGAUUAUCCCAACAGCUGCUUAUGUAUUUCAUGCCUUUAGUUGCAGAACUAAAGACAAAAGAGCAAUAAACAUGUUUUUAAAAAGGAAAAUGUAGACAUUCAGUGGUGCUCCUCGUGCUACAAACAGUUCUGGAAAAUAAGGGUCAUUUACAAUCAAGUGAAGGAGAACUUUCUCCAUCAAGUGAAGGAGAAAUCAAUGUGAGAAAAUUUACUUGAUCUGUGUUUGUUUUGGUUUCACAAUAUAAUUGUGAAUUGCAGAGUCCAUUAUUUAAGUUUACUGAGCAUGUACAGUCAGCAGGACACAAUGACGUUGAUAAACUUCCUCUUCUAGUAUUCAUUUUGCUAAACUUCGAUCGUAUUGUUUAACUCAGUGUUAUGAAGUCAUCUCUAUCUAAGCUAUGUGUUUCUAAGUGAUUUGUAGUUUUCUGAUGUGACUUGUUUUUGUCCCUCUCGCAAUACACACUGUUAAGUGACUUACUAGCUUUUUGACAUUUAAUCUAUGUUGAAUAUGCACAAACAUUAGCAUUUAUGUUGUAUAAUUCUGCAAUCUAGAAACAAAUGUCUGUCUGUAAACGUGGCUGUCCAUUUCAGGAUCUUAAACAUGCUCGCUCUGUCUCACUCACACGCACACACAGAAUACUGAUAAAGGAACUUGAACAUAUUUUUACCACUGUUGUGUUGGUAAACUGCUUAAACUGUUCUGAUGAAAAUACUCAAAACAAUUGUGAAACUAUUUAAGUGGUAUUUUGGUUUAUAUUGUAAGUUGUAGUAUAACCAUUUCAUAUUUUUAUUCUUUUUUUUUUCUUGCAAAUGUGUUACUGUAUUAAGAUAAUCCUGUCAAGAUGACUGAUGUAAUUAAAUAUUGUUCAUUGUUUUUUUUUAUUAUUAUUAUGAUGAUUAUUUUAACAUGUCAGCAGUUUUCAUUUGUGGU